CUUUUAACUCACUCGCCUCAAAAUGAGCGCUCGGCACACACGUUUUUCUGUUGUUGAUUUGGUUUUACUUUUUUGCUCGGCGCGUCGGUUUUUUGUUGUGUUUUGGUUUUUUACUCAUGAACUUCAGGGUUUUUUACUGCAUCUACAGCACGACACCAGACACCAGAGCGCAACGACAAAGUAAGUCGUGACGUCGACGGCGGAGCACGGUGCUGUGCAGUUAGUAGACAGCUACAGGCCACAUGUACUUACCUACUAUCAACCUAACUACAAUUUUGUCCUUGGUUCUUCACUAGCCUUCGUCUCGGUGCAUCGAAUUCAGUUCUCGCUUUACGCUCUUUCUUUGACCUGCAACUGCUGGUGACGGAUUGUCCGAAACAAGAACCACGUACCUCGUUGCUCUGAAGACUGCAAUUGCUAUUUUUCUUCUUUCCGCGCCUAGAAUUUCUUUGCUGUUUUUGCUGACAGUGACAGGGAGUUGAUAAGAAAAGAGAAAUGAUGAUGAUGUUGUCGGAUGGGAUUCCUCGUCCUGUGGCUGAUUCGAACGCAAUGUUAUUGACAACCACUGCAACACCAACACGAACACCUAGGGAGGCCGAGUUUCGCGCAGCCAUGCAGAAUUUGACCCGUCCUGGAAGGACUGGUAAAGGAUGCGACGCAAAGGAGCAGCCGGUAUGGUGCAAUGCUUAUUUUUUGCACGCAUCCGAAACACAUGCUUCCCGUAGUUCCAUCGUGAUCUAGUCCCAAUCCCAAAUAGUCACAGAAUCAUCUGUACUGACGGAUAAAUAAUUCCGUGAUGAAAAAUGAUAUUGUAGUUGAUGGUACUGUACUCAGGUUCCAAGUAGAACUACUGCGUCGUCGUCUGUCGCACGCGUGGGUAUGCAGGACGAUCCACCAAGAAUCGACUUCGCGUCUAUGCGGUGCGCUGCACGUCGAGUGAGCGGUGGAGCUGCCGACAAAUUCAGUCCUGGUUCAUCUGAAACCGACGUGAAAAAUGCAAAGCUGUCGCACCGCCACCGCUCGUCGAAGACGGAGGUUGAGAACUUGGUCCACCUUUUGCAGCAAAACGCGUACGGGCGGUUCACGAAUAUUCGCUCGUCGUUUCGACUGAUGAUGAAAAACUCGAAUUCGUCCGAGACCCCUACUACAACUCUGCGCGACGCACGCGACAAAAUCCGGAACUUCUUGCACCACUUCAAUUUGUCCGCAAACGAGGCGGACCUGCUGUUUGACUCCUUGCUGUUCCUGGACGGUGAAGACGAUCAUGGGUACAACUACCGCCACGGCGUGGCAGACAAGAAUGAGAAAAUCAAAAUACCUGGGCCGACAUCAAGAACUGAAGAUCAUGUUGACGACCACCAUGGCGACGGAACGCUCCAGAUCAUGCUAAACGAUCAGGAGAUGAAUUAUACGAAGACCGAUGCUCCUGAUGUGUCUUACGACAAGAUUAUGCACCGUUUAGCUUCUUUACUGCUUCCCGAUGGCGAAGCGGCUUACUUUAGUUCGGCACAGAAAACUACGCCAAACCUGGUUUACGGACCCGGCUCUUUGCGCAAACUCGGAUGAGCACUGUUGUAAAUUUUUCGAAGACGCGACAUAAUUUGUGAAUGAUUGAUACAUUGAUCAGUAGUAAAAGUAAGUAUUAAAGGAAGCGUAUCGUCAUUGUUGUUUUGUCUUCUUUGUUUCUGCAUCUUCUACAGGAAAGCCAACAUCUUAGGCACGACGCACACACAUCACACACACGAUUACUAGAUGGUAUUACUAAGAAAAACAUCAAAACAGAGCUUUUCCAUGCAUAAAUGAAACGCACUAAGCCGAGACGCAGGCGAGACGAGUGCAUUGAAGUCUGUGAAGUAUGAGCAC